AUGGACGAAGACGAUGAGUUCGGAGAUCUGUACACCGACGUUCUCCAGCCCUUCAAAUCCUCCGACGUUGCCCAGCCUCCGCCUCCGCCUCCGCCUCCCCCUUCCCACUCUCCGAUUGACCUCAACCUCCAUCGAGAUUCCUUCCCCCGGAAUGGAGCCGCUCCUAUUUCGAGGGUUUCCGACUCCAAAUUAACCUCUCCAGCAAUUGACAAGGACAUGAAAUUUGAUAUCGAAGACGCCGAUACUGAUGCUUUACCCGCUAUUCCUGGUCUUUCUAUGCCCGCUUCCGAAGCGGAACCGCUUCCUGCGUUGCCUACAGAUCGAAGCCCUUCAGGAAUUGGCAAGGCUAGUGAUCGUGCGAUGCGCGGACAGGGUGACGGAGAAGGAGAUGACUGGGAUAGUGACAGUGAAGAUGAUUUGCAGAUAGUGUUGAACGACAGUAGCCGAAACGGCCUGAUCGGAGCUGAGAGAAGAGAAAAUCCGCCUCCGCCUCCGCCUGCCCCUUCCCACUCUCCGAUCGACCUCAACCUCCGAUCCCUCCAUCGAGAUUCCUUCUCCCGGAAUGGAGCCGCUCCUAUUUCGAGGGUUUCCGACUCCAAAUUAACCUCUCCAGCAAUUGACAAGGACAUGAAAUUUGAUAUCGAAGACGCCGAUACUGAUGCUUUACCUGCUAUUCCUGGUCUUUCUAUGCCCGCUUCCGAAGCGGAACCGCUUCCUGCGUUGCCUACAGAUCGAAGCCCUUCAGGAAUUGGCAAGGCUAGUGAUCGUGCGAUGCGCGGACAGGGUGACGGAGAAGGAGAUGACUGGGAUAGUGACAGUGAAGAUGAUUUGCAGAUAGUGUUGAACGACAGUAGCCGAAACGGCCUGAUCGGAGCUGAGAGAAGAGAAAAUCCGGACAACGACGACGAAGACGAUGAAGAACCGCUUGUUAUUGUGACGGACACCGACCCAAACCAAGCCAUGGAGGAGCAGCUCUGGGCAGAAGAUAGUCUGCAGGCGAGGGAGGGAGACGGCAAAGACGGAGGCGAGGUUGGGAAGGCAAGUGGAGCAGGAGGUGCCACUGCAGCCCCCAAAACUGGGUAUAUCGGUUAUGGGUAUCAUCCCUUUCAUUCUCAGUUCAAGUAUGUAAGGCCAGGGGCUGGCCCAAUGCCUGGGGUUACUACCACAUCUGCUGCUGGAAUCUCCUCCGCAGGUCAAGUUCGUCCACCCGUUAAUGCAGGUCUUAUGGCUGGUCGUGGUAGGGGAGACUGGCGUCCACCGGGAAUGAAAAAUGCUUCUGUUCCACAUAAAGGCUUCCACCUGGGCUCUGGUACGCCUUGGGGUGGCCGGGGAUCUGGUGUUGGCCUGGACUUUACCCCUCCUCCUCACAAGACUAUAUUUGAGGUCAACAUUGAUGGUUUUGAGGAAAAACCUUGGAGAUAUCCUGGGGUUGAUAUCACUGACUUCUUCAACUUCGGGUUGACUGAGGAGAGCUGGAAAGAUUAUUGUAAACAGCUGGAGCAACACCGUGUAGCGACCACAAUGCAAAGCAGAAUUCGCGUUUAUGAAAGCGGGAGAACAGACCAAGGGUAUGAUCCAGAUCUGCCUCCAGAGCUAGCUGCAGCAACAGGUGUUCAGGGUGUUCUUGUUGACUCCUCAAAUCUAGUCAAACCAGACGCUACUCAAGGCGAUUCAACAAAAGGACCUGCACAUGUUCGACCACCGCUACCACCUGGAAGACCAAUACCUGUGGAGGCUGGUUCUGGUGAGCGUCUACCGUCGAUUGAUACACGUGGGCCUCGGAUUCGUGAUACAGAUGCUAUAAUCGAGAUUGUCUGCCAGGACUCACAUGAGGACGAACCCUCAGCUGGAAAUGGUGUGGAUCAAGUGGGCAAUAGCCUUCCUGAAGAAAAUCUAUUAGGUGAUGUUAACAGCGGAAGACCAGACAUAGAAUCUUCUAUCCGAGCUCCUACCCAAGAUGAGCCAGGUCAAGGUCUUCAUGAUAAGCAAGAGGAUGAGAUCUCUGAAAGCACGGAUGGUAGAUGCAAAGAGGAUGAGAUUUCUGAAAGCGUGGAUGGUAGAUGUAGUUUGCGGUCGUCAUCUCCUAUUGGAGAUAGAGAAGCCAGGUCAUCAAGCCCUGACCAGAAAGAUACAGCGGCUGAAGCUAGCAAAGGCUCUGAGAUGGAGGAAGGCCGUAAGAUGAGUUCUGGACUCUCAAAGUCGGUGGUUCAGGAAGAUGAUGGAGGAGAGUCAAAGACUGAGAGACACCGUGAAAGUCACAGAGAGUAUCAGCAGAGUGCUGAGGAAGAAGUUAUUCAACAUAAACUUUACGCUCGACCAGCUAUGGGUAGAAAGCAUCUCGAUGAAAACACACAGCAUCCAAGCAGAAAGAAUCAGGACAGAGGGCAUGAAAUAGAACGGACUCGUGUGGCUAGCCGAGGUGGUAGGGAGAACUCACAUCCUCAUAUGGAGAUUGAGUCUAUCUAUCCUUAUAACUCACAUGCAAGGGGUGAGGAUUUUGAUAAAAGAAAAGAACGAGAUGUCGCUGGGAAUGUUUGGCGUAGUAGACAAGAUGGCACUUACAGUAGAAGAAGCGGAGAUGAAAGUUCUAGAAAACGAGACAGUGGAGAUGAUCAGGGCUCUAGGCACAGGGGUAAAACGCGAGAUAGUGAAACAAAUAGCAGAGAUAACCAUAGAAAGCAUUUGGAUGAUAAUUGUUUGAGGAAUAACCCUGAGUUGGUGGAUGAUUAUGUUAGCAAGAGAAGGAAGGAUGAAGAAUAUUUACGAAGAAGCUGCUCAGACAAGAACGAAAAUCUUCACGAUCAUCAAAGAGAAUCAGCGAGCCGUCCAAAACGAGAAAGGGAUGAUAGGUCGGAGCAUCAGAGGAGAGAUGUCCAGAGAAUUAGAGAGGAUUCUGCCGAUCGCCAUUCUUUCAGGCACAGAGAUGAAUUUUAUUCACUGAGAGAUGGGAAUGAGAGAGAUAAUUUAAAACAGACUCGUGAGGGUUCAUCGGUGCGUGGAAGAGAAACACAGGUGGCUAUGAGGAGCCUUAGACGUUCGGAAGACCGAGCAUCGAGGAUGAAGGAUGAAUACAGAGGUUCUGAUAAAGAGCUUCUUAACAAAGAUACAGCAAGACAUAGUAAACAACAGAAGAGAAGGGAAAAUGCCUAUGAGCAGGAAAGUUCUUUGCGUCAUAGAGGACACGAGGACGUUUCUGCACGUGCAGACGAAAUCAUUAACAAUGAGAAGAAACUGAGGCAGGAAAGGACCAGUGGUAGUGAAAAGGUUUCUUCUGAUCAGAAGCAUAAAGAAUCCAGACGAAACAAUAAAGAGCAUCGAGUUGGAGAUGCUGCAGAUAAUGGUCCAUUAAGGAGCAAACAAGAGGAACAGAAUGGCAGUUUCGAAGAGUCGGUCCCAAAAGGCAGCAACGGUUCAAGAAACAGCAGACGUGAGACAGAACAUCAAUCCAAUUCUGACAGAAGACAAAAGGAAGAAGCUUCCUCAGACGAUGAACCUUCAAAGAGGGGACGGUCGAAGCUGGAGCGUUGGACAAGCCGUAAAGAGAGAGAUUCCACUUCAUCUCUGCCCUUGAAGAUUCAAGAGAUGGACCAAACCACAAAUGGUGGCGGAUAUGCAGAAGAAGAUAGAGAAGCAGCCGAUGGCUCUACUGGCAAGAAUCGGGACGGAAACGGAGAUGCGAAAGAGACGGGCCAGAAGCCAAGGGGGGAACGGCACUCCGACACGGUCGAGAAACUGAAGAAACGCAGCGAAAGGUUCAAGCUUCCGAUGCCAAACGAGAAGAAUACCGCAUCGACGGCAAAGAAAACGAAGAUUGAAACACUGCCUUGUGCGAAAAUCGAAGGGCCUGUGGAGUCAGAGGUGAAGGCAGAGCGGCCGGCAAGGAAAAGACGGUGGACGAGUAACUGAGAGUGUUUCAUAUGAUGAGAUCAAAGGGAUUAUGGCUGAGAGGGUCUUUUGUUGGGGAAACAUUAUCAAAUGAGUUGGAUUCAGUUAGGAGAUUAUGUAAGAUUUUAGGGAUACGGAUAAAAAGAUUUAACUUUUGAGAGAAUGCUUUCUAGUUUGUAGUUUUGUAACUUUUGUCGGAGACAAAUGGGUUUUCGGUUUUGUUCUCCUAUAAAAUAAAUUUAUCAUA